AUGGAUGUGAGGCAGCAAAGAUGUGCAGCCUAUCAGCUGCGAUGGAUUUGGAAUAAUAUCCAGCCAGUCCAAUCGUAUCAUGGUCAGCUGAGCAGCCGCAUCUUCCAUCCUAACCGUGGGCGAAUAAGAGACUCGACAAACCCCUUAGGCUCAGCCACCCAGUGGUGUUGGAUUAUGGACGAUAGCCGACAAAGCAAUCCGGCGCCGGAAACCCCAAGCAGCUAUCAGGCAUUUCCAUGCCUGAGGUACAAUUUUGGUCCAUUGAUGUGGCCAAGCUUAUCGGUGAUUUUAGUAUUAGGACAUGAUGGCACAACUACCGGCGGUAUGGCAUGA